AUGAACAGCUCUGUGUCCACAGUCCCCAUCACUUUUACAAUCUACAGCACUCUUGGUCUGUAUAACUUUGCUCUUGUCAUUUGCAUCUCUGUCCUUUACAUUUCAGGUUUGUGUAUUAACCUUUUCCUCGUUCUGGUUAUUUGUGUUGAGUCUCGCCUUCACAGACCGAUGUACGUUCUGUUGGUCAAUCUGGCUCUCAGCGGAGUCAUGGGAAGUUCAUCUGUGUGUCCGAACAUUAUCAAACACCUCAUAAUGAACAGGCAGGAGACUUCUCUUGAAGGGUGUUUAACACAAGUGUUUUUCACCAACGUGUACAGCGGCUGUAUAUUUUGUAUCUUAGCGUUGAUGGCCUACGAUCGAUACGUUUCCAUCUGUAAACCUCUGCUGUACCACACUAUCAUGACGCCGGCUAAAGUAAAACUGAUGCUGACGAUGGUUUAUUUCAUCCUGAGCUCUUCGUCAGCCAUCCAGGUUUAUCUGACGUCCAGACUCAAACUGUGCAGACACACAGUUGAUAAACUUAUGUGUGACAGUUUGGUCAUUGCAAACCUCUCCUGUAAAAAGACAACUCUGAUCAGUCUGUACGGUCUGUGCUGCGCCAUCUGUGUCAUUGUUUUCCCUUGUUUGCUAGUCAUUCUGUCAUAUGUUCACAUUUUUACGGUGAUCCUAAAAACCUCAAAGGAGUCUCAGAGUAAAGCAUUGCAGACAUGCACCCCUCACUUAAUGACCUUCAUUAAUUUCUCUGUGGCGUCCUUUUUUGGUGUUAUUUACAAUCGUUUGAGUCAAGAAGUUCCAAAAGCUGUGAAUAUUUUAACAUGUAUGAAUUUUUUUGUCCUCCCUCCUCUGUUGCAUCCCAUAAUUUAUGGUAUUAAAAUGCAAGAGAUUCGGCAAAGUAUAAACAAAGUUUUUAAACAUAGAAUUUUACAACUGUGA